AUGGCCGAAGAGAAGCACCGCAUGUUGUUCCAAGGCCAGGAUCCCAGUCAGGAUCUGCAGAAACAGCGCCCAAUGUCCCUGUCGCCAUCGGAACCGCCCACCUACGAUGAUGCGAUGCAAACGUCCUCGAUGCAGGAUAGUUUGGACUACCACAACGGCCGUCGAAGAACCUUCUUCGCGGAGCCCCAACAUCUGAGGUCCCGGGUGGAGGAGAUGCCCCAAGCUGAGGACGAGGAGAGCGUGCAAUCGGCAGGAUUAUCGGACCACCAUCACACUGAGCAUCAUCAGGCCAUGCCACCUGUGAGAAAUUUCUUUAUCCUGAGCCCGCAACCCAAGCUGGGCAACCAGGCGAUGGACAUCGUGUGCCCGGCUUGUGGUCAACGGGGCGUGACCCGAUUGAAGAGGUCACCAAAUGCUCGGACCAAGCUUUGGGCCCUCUGCUUGUGCACUUUUGGUUGGUGCUGCUGCGCUUGCUUGUGUCCGUAUUUGUGGAAUGGCUGCCGGACAACGAAUCAUUACUGCUCCGCCUGCGAGAUCUUCCUGGGCGCACAUUAUCCGCGGAGGAGCUGCUGCGGCUGCUGCUGCCGGCGGCGACGGCGGUAGUCCGGAAAUAUCCAGCAGGAUCGCAGCCGGAAUCCGGCCGCUAAUUGUGAAAGUUUUCCGUGUGUGCGAAUAAAGCUGAGUGGGCGGCACGCGCUUCUGGCCACAAGGACUCGGCGCUUAUUCGCUUGUAAUGAGGAACACAGUGCCGGGCGCGGCCGGAAAUUGUGCGCCGUCAAAUCGAAUUGCCUACCUAUGCCCAUCGUCCUUCGUCCUUGGUCCAUCGUUCAUCGUCCAUCGCCCUCAAUCCGCAAUCCUUCCACCAACAGUCAUACACCAUUUCCAUUACCAUUACCAUUGCCACUGCCACUGCCAAGCGCCGCCCUGUCGCCCAAAUGAUGCAUAACUGGCCGAAAACAAAUUGCCACAUCAUCACUCCGUUUCGCACAUCCUGCCACCGAGAGCGGCCUGUUGUGCACGCUGCUCGUGCUUUGAUACCCUGCAAAAAG